UGUUGCUCUUAUAACGUCUCCUUCCAAGUUGUAAUUCUGUUAAAAUCUCUUUUAAUGUUACCUGUAGCAUUGUCCUUAGAACACACUAAAGUAACAUGGUUGUUAUGAAGGCCCCUGUGCAACUAGCAACAAUUUAAUUCGGUAUAAGGAUAUGGUUUAUUGUGGUGUGUGAAUAGAAAUGUACUUGAGGCCUUAUAACAAUGUUUUGUAUGUCCGCACCCUUAGGCGGAUCCACAUAGAGCACGCAGUCUUGCGGAGCAAUACCCUCGCGCAACAAUGGCCUGUAACACUGCUUGCUCUGUGUGGACCGGUCUAUUGACCAAUAGGUAAGGUGCCCUGUUUGUAUCUUUAUUUGAUAACCUGAAUCCCAAGUAAUGCUGCAACUGCUAGCUGGAUAUUUAUAAUUGCCUUACUAGCCUAAUAUACUUCCAAUGCGGAUUCAAAUCCACUUCCACAACACUUCUUGAUCUGUGGUGGUUGUUCGGACACUCCAUAAUCAGGUACCUAUUACUUUCAUUGCAGGUUCUAACUGUGACCAGCUUUUUAGCAAACAAAAUAUGUCACUAGCUACAUCAGUGGAGGCAGGGAUGGCUUGUGUUAAGUCAGAGCCUGGAGAGGUGUGUGUGAAGACAGAGCUCGGAGAGGCGUGUGUGAAGACGGAGUCCGGAGAGGCGUGUGCGGAGGAGGAGCGGGAGCGCGAGGACAGCGCGCGCGGAGUGAGCGCGGCGGCCGCGCGGGCCGGGCUGUACACCGGCCACGAGGUCAAGGACGAGCUCGUGCUGGGCCCCGAGGAGUGGCACCGCCCGCAAGUUGCUAGGACACAAGCUGUCUCGAGCGCGGAGCUGCCUGCCCCCCCGCGCCGCACCCGCCCGCCCUGCGCCCGCCCCGCGCCCGCGCCGGCCCCCGCACCCCCGCAGCGAGCCAUGACUUGCUCCGUGAGGCUCGAGCGCCGAGCCGUACAAAGCACUACACGACACAAACCAUACACUGGCGACGACUGCGGCAAACGUUUCACCGGCAACUCUGAACGCACACACUCGCCGUCGCAGCCUCCGUUAGCAGUCAUGCGACAGCUCGCGAUGACUUGCUCCGUGAGACUCGAGCGCCUUCGCGAUCAAAGUGAAAAUCAAACAUACACCUGUGAUAACUGCGGCGAAAGUUAUAAAAACAAAUCUAAUUUAACAAAACACAUUCAAAGUCUGCACUUGUCGGGGCCUGAACUCUUUGCCUGUGAUUUUUGUAAAUCUACAUUUCAAAAUAAGUUACUGGUAGCAGAGCACGAGAAAAGCGCACACGGUGUUACUAAUUUUAUGUGUGCCGAAUGCGAGUAUACAACAAUGUACAAGAAAGAAUUGCGUACUCAUUUAAAGAGUCACUCUGUGGACAAACCUUUGCAUUGUAGUCACUGCAGUCACACAAGUCGAUGUAAAAAAGAUUUACAAGAUCACUACAGGAUACACUUAGGUGUAAAGUCUAGUGAUGGUGAUUUAGAAUACGAUCAAAACCAAAGCCUACAGAAUCAUGUAAUGGCAGAUACUGGACAUAAUGUAUUUAAAUGUAGCGAUUGCAACUACACGACUCGGCGGAGGGAGCACCUACAAGUUCACCAAAUGUUACACACAUGGAAAAAUAAAGUGUAUGUGUGUGACAAGUGUGAUUACAGAAGCCGGUGGAAAAAGCACUUAGAAUUGCACCAGGCGGUACACAACGAGGAGAAGCUAUAUAAAUGUAGUGAUUGCGAUUACAAAUGCCAUCAAAAAGCACAACUACGAAGACACUAUAGGAUACACACUAGUGAGAAACCGUUUCAUUGCAGUGAAUGUGAUUAUAAAUGUAAACACAAACAUCACUUACAGACACACCUGUUAAUACACUCUGGAGUGAAACCAUUUAAAUGCAGUAUUUGCGACUACAGGUGCAGACAGAAAGAGAACCUGCUAGCUCACCAGAGGACGCACACAGGCGACAAACCUUACCGGUGCGAUGACUGUGAUUACAAAUGCAGACGGAAAACAAACUUACAAAGACACCGUCAGACUGUACAUACUGUCAAAGUAUAUCAAUGUGGUACUUGCAACUACAAGUGUCAUCAGAUUGUAGACUUGCGCAAUCACCGAAGGAUACAUCCAGCAGAGGAGCAAUACAAAUGUAGUCUUUGCGACUACUGGUGUUGGGACAAAGCUAAUUUACGCAGGCACAAGAGAGUGCACUCCGAUGAGAAGCCUUACGCGUGUCACCACUGCAAGUACUCGAGUCGGUGUAAACGCACGUUGCGAAAACACUUAAAGACACGGCAUUUAAAAUUGUACCAGUCGGUACACAAGGAGGAAAAACUAUACAAAUGUAGCGACUGCGAAUACAAAUGCCGACAAAAAUCACACCUACGAAAUCACUAUAGGAUACACACUGGUGAGAAACCGUUUCAUUGUAGUGAAUGUGAUUAUAAAUGUAAACACAAACAUCACUUACAGACACACCUGUUGAUACACUCUGGAGCGAAACCAUUUAAAUGCAGUGUUUGUGACUACAGGUGCAGACAGAAACAGAACCUGCGAGCUCACCAGAGGACGCACACAGGCGAGAAACGUUACCGGUGCGAUGACUGUGAUUACAAAUGCAGUCGGAAAAGAUACUUACAAAGACACCGUCAGACAGUACAUAAGGUCAAAGUACCUACAGUACAAUCUCGAUAAUCCGGCACUUCGGUGGUCCGAGACGUCCAAUAAUCCGGCAUUAAAAUAGAGAUGCAAAUGAUAAUUUCAAGUACAAGUUUACCAUCUAUGCGUUUUUUUUAUACUACGUCGCCUUAUUCUUUA